GAGGAGAUUGCCGCGUGGAGAUUCGCCGUCGUAUCCUUUGGCCGCGUCGAGUACCUGGAGCAGGACGACGACGUCGUGCGGCCGCACUUUCGCAAGCACGACAACUACUCCAACUGGGACGACUACUUGGGGCUUGAGCACGCGCAGACGGGGACGGGCAGGAAGAAGCAGCAGGCGCGCUCGGGGUACGACAAGCCGGUCAAGAUCUACGGCUGA